AUGGCAGACGUCAAGGAUAUCACGCCGGAUCUCGACCGGCUGGAUGGUCAGCUGGAUGACCUCGAAGAGAAGCUGCAGCCCUUGAUCGGCAACUUGGAGGGUAUGGCGUCUGAGCUGCCCCUGCUGGACAAGGCCAAGCUGUUUUCACUGACCGCCUACGCGAUUGAGUCUCUUCUUUUCUCAUCACUCAAGCUCGAGGGCACUGACGCGCAGAACCAUGCCGUCUUCACUGAGCUCAAGCGAGUGCAGCAGUACUUUGGAAAGAUCAAGGCCAUCGAGGAGCCUGCGGUGGAGGAGACGCGAAACUUGACAGUCAACCAAGAAGCUGCGGCGCGUAUCCUGAAGGCUGAUUUGGCUGAUAACAAGACCAUCAGCAACAAGCUUGCUGAAAAGAUUGCUGAGGAGCGUGCUAAGGCCUUGCUCAAGUCUGUCGAGAACAGAAAGCGACCAGCGGAGGAUACGGCAGGUUCUUCGGGUUCUGCGGCUGAGACGCCUGAUACCAAGGGCAAGAAGAAGCAGAAGAAGAGCAAGAAGAGCAAGCCAAAGAAGUGA